GCUGUGGGUUCGCUCUAAGCAGUGCUGUGUGGUGUGUGUGUGUGUUGUUGAGUAUGUGGGGUGUUGUGAGUGAGUGUGUAUGUGACGACCUGUCAUCCACGCAUCGUUAGCUAAUCGAUACGAUAUCUAAUUGGUGAUUGGCUCUUCGUCUGCCCUACAUUAUAACUAUCGAUAUUUAACUUUACUAUAUAAAAUCACCUCCCUGCGUCUGCUGGCAUCUGGAAGCUGUGCCGGUGCUGCUGUCGUAUCGACCAUGUCUACGAUGCAGGCCAGAUUCCCACGCACGAGUGUAGCCUCCUCCACACACGCGGUUUACUCUGGUGCGGUUCACGGCCAAUGCUCCGGCGUUCUGUCACGGCAAUACGGAGCUUACCAACAGCACCAGCAGCACCAGCAACAACAUCAACAACAUCCUCAAAGCCUCCUGCUGCACCACCACCACCACCACCAGCAGCAACAACGCCAUCAGCAGCAUCAGCAGGAGCUUCAUCAGCUCCAUCAUCACCACCACCACCAGCAGCAACACCAUCAGCAGCAGCAUGAGCAUCAUCAGCUCCAUCAUCAUCAGCAGCAGCAGCACAAAGAUCUGGUGAAGCCUCCAUACAGCUACAUAGCCCUCAUCGCGAUGGCCAUCCAGAACUCGGCGGAGGGGCGGGCGACCCUGAGCGCCAUCUACCAGUUCAUAGCGGAGCGCUUCCCGUUCUACCGCGACAACAAGCAGGGCUGGCAGAACUCGAUCCGACACAACCUCAGCCUCAACGAGUGCUUCGUCAAGGUGGCACGAGACGACCGCCGGCCUGGCAAGGGCAGCUUCUGGACGCUGGACCCGGACUCGCACAGCAUGUUCGAGAACGGCAGCUUCCUGCGACGGAGGAGGAGGUUCAAGCGGAAGCGGCGGGCUGGUGGUGAUGGUGGUGGUGGUGAUGGCGGUGGUGGUGAUGGUGGUGAUGGCGGUGAUGGUGGUGGAGGGUUCCACGUGAUGGAUCAUCGUCACACCGAUGAGGAGGCCUCCGAAUUGAAGCUCGCUCGGGCCUCAGUGGGGACUGCUGGUGGCCCGGAUCGUCCGCUGUCAUCCUGGUCAUCAUCAUCAUCAUCAUCCUCCUCCUCCACCUCGUUGUUAUUGUCGUCGGCGUCUCCAUCAUCGUCAUCAGCAUCGUCAGCGUCAUCAGCAGCGUCGUCAUCGGCUUCGCUCGCUGUGCGCGAGCGCUCGCCACAGACGGCGACGACGACGACGGUGGUGGCGCUGCUCGUGCCCAAAGUUGAGAGGCCUGACAGCGUCAACCUGAGCAGCGGUAGCAGCAGCAGCAGCGGCGGCGGCGGUGGUGGUGGUGUUUGUGGUGGUGUUUGUGAUUGUCGUGGUGGUAGUGAUGGUGUUUGUGGUGGUCGUCAUGGUUGUGGUGGUGGUGGUGGUGUUUGUGGUGGUGUUUGUGAUUGUCGUGGUGUUUGUGGUGGUCGUGAUGGUUGUGAUGGUCGUGGUGGUGGUGGUGUUUGUGAUGUUGUUUGUGGUAGUGGUGUUUGUGGUAGAGGUGUUUGUGAUGGUCGUGGUGGUAGUGAUGGUGUUUGUGGUGGUCGUGAUGGUUGUGGUGGUGGUGGUGGUGGUGGUGUUUGUGGUGGUCGUGAUGGUCGUGGUUGUGGUGACAGCCUGAGACGAGAAGCAAGCCCCAGGAGUGCAGUGUCGACAUUUUCGAUGCCGUCCACAAACUCGAAGCUUCACACGGGCGUCCCGUCACGUGGCCCGCAUGGACACCACGUGGUUGGUGGUGGAGAUUUUGUUGGAGUAGGAGGAGUAGGUUGUGGCGAUGGCCGUGACGACCGCAUGCCCCUAAGAUAUCAGCAGGCCCAGGGGAUGCUGCCUGCCUAUGAUGGUAUGCGGGACCAGCAGAGUGGAUUGUACCUGGGUGGAGAGGGGAGUGAACAGCAGCAGCGACAUCAACAGCAGCUGCGUGUGGAGGAGGAAGGGGUUGAAAGAGCAUCGCUCGAUUGCUCGCCGCAGAUUCAAGGCGUCAUCAAUCUGAGCACCGGUCAUAACCACCACCAACAUCAACAACGUCAUCAUCACCAUCAGCUGCAGUUCCACCACCACCAUCAACAAGAUCAGCAGCGGGCUGAUGGACAGCCUCAAGUCACAGCUGACGAGAUGUCAGUUGACGACGAAACCUGCUCACGAUCUCUUUGGUAUCAACACCACAACCACAACAACCACCACCAUAACAGUCACCAGCACCAUCACCAGCAGCAGCAGCAAGAGUUGUCCACGUAUGGCGUGAACAUAAAUUCUGACCACCACCAUCACCAGCAGCUGCUGAGCAUUCGAAGCAAUGCUGAUAAGACACAUGGAUUCCCGUACGCCGCUGCUGAUGGCUCUGACAACUAUCGCGUGGCGUUCAGAUCAACGCCUGCUACAUAUCGGCCGUUUGCUUGUGACGUGAAUAAGUACUGACGGUGGCUGGAGUCGCAUCGGGUUUUAUGGUUGAGCAUGCAAGGACUUGUGUGUGGGUCUCUGUAUGAAUCUAUGGGUCUCUCUGUGAGUGAGUCUAUGGGUCUCUGUGUGAGUCUAUCGGUCUCUGUAUGAGUCUAUGGGUCUCUGU